AUGGAGGAGGUCAUUUCCCCAUCGGCAACGGUUUCAUCGUCGUCGUCUGCGACGAAAACAACGAAGGACGACGACGACGUGAGAAUACUAAAGAAUACGUUCCUCGUGUUCUUCGUGAACUCUCGCUCGGGGUCACGCGCAUCUCUCACUUUACACGAACGCAUCAAACGCAGAUAUGAAACGCACAAAGAUUGCGAAGUGAUUUUUCUCGACGACUAUCGAGGCAACCAAGAGGUGUUGAGAGAACGCGUGCGGUACGAAGCGUACCGCAGACACAACAACGCGGAGGAAAAGGAGAAGUCAGUAAGAGCGCGAGCGGUGGCGUGCGGAGGGGACGGGACGGUGUCGUGGACGUUUUCUUUGUUGAAAACCGCGUGCGAAGAAGAGGAAAGAGAGUUUGGUGUAUCGGCGGGAUAUUGCGUUCCGGUCGGGCAACUGCCGAUGGGGACCGGGAACGAGUUCGCGAGAGUGUUCGGAUGGAACGAAUCGAAAGACCGGUGGGAGAACGAUUUCGACGCGUUUUGCGAAGAAAUGAAACGAGGGGAGAUUGCGACGGCGGAUUUGUGGAAGUUUGUCAGCGAGAGCGUGGUUGAUUUGCCGAAAAGCGGGGAGAGCGAGAACAACGGAAAGACGAAGAAGACGAAGAUGUUGAAGGAGUAUUUUUCAUCUUCUUCUUCGAAAUCUUCGUUGUUGCGACAAAGAAGUGCCGCUCCUACUACUACUAGAGGAGAAGAACAAAAAGAAAAAGAAGAAGAAAAAAGACGACGACGACGACGAAACUGGUCGUUUUCGGGACAUUUGCGUUCACCUUCUGAACUCGAGGAGACUUUGGUUGAAUCCAUACGAGAUCACGACUCGACGCAGACGACGCCGCAUCCGAGUUUGCCCGCUUCGCUGUUCGCGGAUCCACCGUUGAGUCCCCCCGGGGCGACGACGCAGAUGGAUCUGGUACAGAAAAGACGAGAAUUCGUACCGCCAAAGUUAAUCGUCGAAGAAACGAUCAAAGCGACAACAACAAAAACGACGACGACGAUAAAUCCUUUCGUAUCUUUACCUCCAGGAGAACACGUUCGAAAUGACUCAAUCGCGUCGUCGACGUCGUACAUGUCCGCGAUUGAAGGUGUCGUCGACGAAGAGAAGAUAGAGUACGACGGCGCUAAAGAUAUCGAAGCCGGGGGCGCUAAAACGUCUCCGCCUCUGGUGAAAGUAGAAAAAUUCGAAAAGCUCUCCGCCUGUUUCUUCUCGGUAGGUUUCGACGCCGGCAUCGCUUUACAGUUCCAUCAAUUUCGAGAGAAAACGGAAAAGUGUUGCGUCGUUCCAAAAACAGUCUCCGCCAACGUCGCGGGAUACGGCGUCCUCGGCGCGUUAGAGUGGCUUGCUAAACGCCGUUACCUUACACCGAAAACCAUCCUCCUUUACGUGGACAACAAACAAAUACCGAUCCCGGAGCGCGCGAACACCAUCCAAAUCUUCAACAUCCACUCCUCAACGACCGGCGUAGAUUUUUUCGGCUCUGGCGAAAAAUCCAAACCGCACGAGCACUUGCAAGACUUCCAACCGCCGUCUGUCCAAGACGGCUUAGUCGAAGUCGUCGCCACGUACGGCGUCGGCCACCUCUCCGCCAUUCGCUUUCGAAUGACGCACUCCCACCGCUUGGCGCAAGGCAAGAAAGUAGAAAUCGUCUUGAAGCGACCGUUGCCGGUUCAAGUGGACGGCGAGCCGUGGUUAAACCCACCGGGGAGGUUAAAGUUCACCUUCUCUCGCUCUUGGCCGGUGGUUUUAGGUUUAGGCGAAUUGCGAAACGUGUGCCCUUCUCCUCCGCCUCCUCCUCCUCCUUCUAAAAGCGCGUCUCCUUCUUCUUCGCCGUCGUCGAAACACCGCGGAAACCAUCUCGACGACGAAAAGAAGAGCAAAACCGCCGCCGCUAAAAGAGUCAUCGCACCACCACCCUUCGGAGACGAGAUGGUUUGA